GACUGGAUCAUCUCUAAGGUCCCUUAGACCUCUACCUCUAAGACAGAAUUCAAAAGGAUCUGGGGUAGAAACCAUGCAGGGAGAUAAACCAGCAUUUCAAAAUCCAGGCUGAAACAACACUGCCAUGUAAAAUCACCAAGUUAAAAUCUAAGAAGAAACUUAAAGAUGUCUGCUAUGAUCCUGGGCAGCUCUGUUCAGACCCUGCACUACCCUGGUCUGUCAGCCAACCAGGCAUCAGUCCCUCACACUGCAGGAGUGUCCCUUCCCCCAUCCUGGUCACAUGGCUGGCCGCCACUGAGCCCACAAGUCAAUCUCCAAUGCCCCAAAUACUGUUCAGCCUGGAAAUCACAGAGAGUCCUUCUCACCAACCAAGAGCAACAGAACGAGUGGCUCUGGCCUCCCUGAGAUUUGGAUCGUGGUUUCCAACGCUUAGAGCUUGAAGUUAUGAAGGUGGAGGAGGAAAAGGCUGGGGUAGGGAAGCUGGACCCCACUAACUACAGGAGACGAUGUCAGGAUCAGGAAGACUGCCGUUCCAUCCACAUUGGGCUUUCAGUCCCCAGUUACCCUCACAGGAAAAGAGACCAGAAGGGACAUCUUUCAGGCCUGCAAAAGGUCCGCUGGGGCUUGCGGCCAGACAAGCCGCAGCAGGGGCUGGCCAGUGCCGGCAGCACUGUGGAUCAUGUCAGCAGGACACGGUCUCCAGCUGCUGAGCAGCUCCAGGACAUCCUGGGGGAGGAAGAUGAGGCUCCCAACCCCACCCUCUUCACAGAGAUGGACACUCUGCAGCACGACGGAGACCAGAUGGAGUGGAAGGAGUCGGCCAGGUGGAUAAAGUUUGAAGAAAAGGUAGAGGAAGGAGGCGAGCGCUGGAGCAAGCCCCAUGUGUCCACACUGUCCCUGCACAGCCUCUUUGAGCUCCGGACCUGCCUGCAGACGGGGACGGUGCUGCUGGAUUUGGACAGCGGCUCCUUACCACAGAUCAUAGAUGAUGUCAUUGAAAAACAAAUCGAGGACGGCCUCCUUCGGCCAGAGCUCCGAGAGAGGGUCAGCUACGUCCUACUGAGGAAACACCGUCACCAAACCAAGAAGCCCAUCCACCGCUCCUUGGUUGACAUUGGAAAGUCAGUCUCCUCCACCACCAAUCGCAGCCCAGGCCGGAGCCCCGCGGCGGGCCCGAGCCUACACCACUCCACCGAGGACCUGAGGAUGCGGCAAAGCGCAAAUUACGGCCGCCUGUGUCACGCCCAGAGCAGAAGCAUGAAUGAUAUUUCUCUCACCCCAAAUACAGACCAGCGGAAAAACAAAUUCAUGAAGAAGAUCCCCAAGGACUCAGAAGCCUCCAAUGUGCUCGUGGGCGAGGUGGACUUCCUGGACCAGCCAUUCAUUGCCUUCGUGCGUCUCAUCCAGUCAGCCAUGCUGGGAGGAGUGACAGAGGUGCCUGUCCCCACCAGAUUUCUGUUCAUACUGCUGGGACCUUCUGGGAGAGCAAAAUCCUACAACGAAAUUGGCCGUGCCAUUGCAACCCUCAUGGUAGACGACCUCUUCAGCGACGUGGCCUACAAGGCCAGGAAUCGGGAGGAUCUGAUCGCGGGGAUUGAUGAGUUUCUAGACGAGGUCAUCGUGCUUCCCCCUGGAGAGUGGGACCCAAAUAUUCGAAUUGAGCCACCCAAGAAGGUGACUUCUGCUGACAAGAGGAAAUCCGUGUUCUCCCUGACUGAGCUAGGCCAGAUGAACGGCUCUGUGACGGGAGGCGGCGGCGGGGCUGGAGGCGGCGGCGGCGGCGCUGCAGGUGGCGGCGGCGGCGGCGGCGGCGGCAGCGGGGCCGGCGGAGGGAGCAGCGGGGAUGAUGGGGAGAUGCCAACCGUGCACGAGAUCGGGGAAGAGCUCAUCUGGACAGGAAGGUUCUUCGGUGGCCUGUGUCUGGAUGUCAAGAGGAAGCUGCCCUGGUUCCCAAGUGACUUCUAUGAUGGCUUCCAUAUUCAGUCCAUCUCUGCCAUCCUAUUCAUCUACCUCGGCUGCAUUACCAACGCAAUCACCUUCGGUGGGCUUCUGGGGGAUGCCACUGACAAUUAUCAGGGAGUGAUGGAGAGUUUCCUGGGCACUGCCAUGGCUGGCUCCUUGUUCUGCCUCUUCUCGGGACAGCCUCUCAUCAUCCUCAGCAGCACAGGGCCCAUCCUCAUCUUCGAGAAGCUCCUCUUCGACUUCAGCAAAGGCAAUGGCCUGGACUACAUGGAGUUCCGCCUCUGGAUUGGCCUACACUCAGCUGUCCAGUGCCUUAUCCUGGUGGCCACAGAUGCCAGCUUUAUCAUCAAGUAUAUCACCCGCUUCACUGAGGAGGGCUUCUCCACCCUCAUCAGUUUCAUCUUCAUCUAUGAUGCCAUUAAGAAGAUGAUUGGUGCCUUCAAGUACUACCCCAUCAACAUGAACUUUAAGCCUGACUCUAUCACCAUCUACAAAUGCGAGUGCAUCGCCCCCGACACAGCGAAUACAACCGCGUUCAAUGCUUCAGCCACGUCGCCACCAAACACCAACACUUCUCUGUACAACCCCCUUAACCUCACAGCGUUGGACUGGUCCCUGCUGAGCAAAAAGGAGUGUUUGAACUAUGGUGGGCGCCUACUUGGGAAUUCCUGCCAGUUCAUCCCAGACUUGGCACUCAUGUCCUUCAUCCUUUUCUUCGGGACAUACUCCAUGACCCUGACCCUGAAGAAGUUCAAAUUCAGCCGCUAUUUCCCUACCAAGGUUCGGGCCCUAGUAGCUGACUUUUCCAUCAUUUUCUCCAUCCUGCUGUUCUGUGGAAUUGAUGCCUGUUUUGGCCUGGCAACCCCCAAGCUGCUCGUGCCCAGCGUCAUCAAGCCCACGCGGCCUGAUCGAGGCUGGUUCGUGGCCCCCUUUGGGAAGAACCCGUGGUGGGUGUACCUGGUAAGCAUCCUGCCCGCCCUGCUGGUGACCAUCCUGAUCUUCAUGGACCAGCAGAUCACGGCCGUCAUAGUCAACCGGAAGGAGAACAAGCUGAGGAAGGCCGCCGGCUACCAUCUGGACCUGCUCUGGGUGGGCAUCCUCAUGGCUCUCUGCUCCUUCAUGGGGCUCCCCUGGUACGUGGCUGCCACAGUCAUCUCCAUUGCCCACAUCGACAGCCUCAGGAUGGAGACGGAGACCAGCGCCCCUGGGGAGCAGCCGCAGUUCCUGGGGGUCAGGGAACAGAGAGUGACCGGCACCAUUGUCUUCAUCCUGACAGGGAUCUCUGUCUUCCUGGCUCCCAUCCUGCAGUACAUCCCUUUGCCAGUGCUGUAUGGAGUCUUCCUCUACAUGGGUGUGGCCUCCCUGAAUGGCAUCCAGUUCUGGGAUCGCUGCAAACUCUUCCUGAUGCCGGCCAAGCACCAGCCGGACCAUGCCUUCCUGCGGCACGUGCCCCUGCGCCGGAUCCACCUCUUCACCCUGGUGCAGAUACUGUGCUUGGCUGUGCUCUGGAUCCUCAAGUCUACGAUGGCCGCCAUCAUCUUCCCAGUCAUGAUCCUGGGCCUCAUCAUCGUUCGAAGGCUUCUGGACCUCAUCUUCUCCCAGCAUGAUUUGGCCUGGAUUGACAACAUCCUUCCAGAGAAGGAGAAAAAGGAGGCAGAUAAGAAGAAAAGGAAAGGGGCCCAUGAGCACAGUGACGAGGAGGACAAAGAUCUUCCAGUUGGAGUUACUCACUCUGAUUCUUCCUUCAGUGAUUCAGAACUCGACCGAAGCAUCACCCUGCACUUCAAAAUCUCCUGUCCAGCUUCACCUGCCUUCAGCUACUCACAGAGCCCAGUCUUCAUGGUGCCACAGGUGAAGAUAGAGAUGGAGCCAGACUGUGACUUCACAGACAUGGAAAGAUACAGAAGAGAAGCUGACAGCGAGACCACCCUCUAGGAGGACGGACGGGGCACAGAGUGAGGGCCUGGUUUAGUCUUCACUGUGAGGGUCUGGGCCAAAACCCUUCACUUUUCCAAACCUGUUUCCUAUUUACCAAACAGAGGGAGUCAUUCUGCUUGAUAGAAAACUGGGGAGCUGCUGAUGAAAAGUACUACUUACGUGCAAAGCCCUCUACUUCCCUCUGUAGUUAUGAAAAUAACUAAAGCUAAAUGUUACACCUUAUUUUAAAAUGCAGUCCAGCAUAGAAAUUAUAACAUUUCUUUUGAAAUGAAAAAAUGCUUUCUCUCAAAACUGUAGCUAAGAUAAAGGGGCACUAGUUAAUUUUUAUUUAAAACAAAUAUCAGUUAAGAUUUUUUUUUUAAAGCUGAGAUUUUAAAUUAUCUAGAUGGUCUUAAAACAACUUAAAAUACUCAUGCUUUAAGAGACCAAGGUUGGAAAAUUUGUUUUGCAAUUUUGCAUAUUAAGAAAUGCUAAAAAGGACCUCUUAUCUCUCCAUCCAAUUCAGUUUUCUAAGGGUCAUAUGACAAGUUUGAACUAUCUGCAUUAUGAGCCUUGUUCCAGCACAGAAGUGUGACUGGGGCUUUUCCAGAUUGAAAGCUAUUUCUAAAAGUCUGGUAAUGAAAGAACCAACAUGUUUGAGUGGAUAUUUUAAAAACAAAAUAGUUCCUGUUAAAAUGAAAUCUCAAAUCACAUGGCAAAUCAACAAAAUGAUCCUUUAAAUUAGUAUCACUGGUUUUUCAAGCCCAGAAUCACAUUUCAUUAUGCAUUUGGGUAGGUCUUUCCUGCAAGUUUUCAAUGGCCUGAUUCCCAAAGUCAAACUUGCAUUCACAUGAAUAUUGCAUAUUAGGCAGGGCUAAUGUGAAAUUUUGGAAAGUUAAAACUCUGUAAUACUAGUCAGACUAGUACUUUAAAGGAAUAAUUAGAAACAAAUUGGGUAGAUUUAAAACCCGUUAAUAGUGAAGCAAACUCUUUUCCUCAUGAAACUUAAGAUCAGUCUUCUUAUCUUUAAGUCACAUUUAACAAACACCAACCGUGUUUAUUUACCACCUACUGUGUGCCUGAGAGCCACAAUGCAUCUGACAUUUACCUUCUCCAAAAAAACUGUGGAUUUGAAUCUUGAGUAAAUCACUUUGGUUACGGUUACCACAUUUACUCAAGAUGACAAAUGCAGGUGCUUUUUCUUUAUCCCUUUCUAUUUUUUAAAGACAAAUGACACUAGGUCAUUAACCACCUUGAGUACAGGGACAGUUAAUUGCCUCUGUAAUCCCCAGAGCCAGUACAGUGCCUGGUCCAUAGAAAGCUCUCAGUGUUUAUUAAAUGAAAUCUCAGAACUCCCUUCCAAGUAUACUGCCAUGAGGUAAAGCUCUAAACCUCCACCACUUCUACUGAGGGCAGCAGAAUUACUUAGCUGCUCACUAAUCCAGAACCAUUGCCUGAGUUUAAGUAUAAAUUCUUUGUCUUCAUCUGCACCAGUUCUGGGAGAGCUAACAAUCUACCCUUAACAUUUCAGUUUUAAAAACUGGCUGAUUUCCAAUAGCACUUUGUCCAAAUUGAAUUGUAGAAAUGUUGUGGAUUCAGGAGUAAAUGUGCUUGAUUAAUCAAACAAGCUGGAAAACUAGAAUGUUAAUUUUUUGUUGUUGUAAACUGAUCACCGUAAUUUUCACAUUGCCUGUCAUUUGCAUUUUGUACACACACACACACACACACACACAUACACACGAACAUUUUAAUUUCCAUAGCUUUUAAUAGGUUGACAUAUUGGUACUUCUCCAUGCAGUAACAAUAACUUGUAACUACAGUUCAAUAAAACUUAAUUCUGUCUGCU